UUUAUUCGACACGCGGAGAGCAUCUUGGGACCCGGAAGGAGGAGGUGGGAGCUCCUGCGUCCGGAGUGCUCGCAAACUCGCGUGGUCGGGGUGCGUGCUGCUGUUGAAAUCCUGCUCGUUGCUGAAGAACCAGGUCUGUGCGCAGAAGUCAGACGGCCGGGAUCCCCGCGGCGCUUUAGAACCUGAGACUGCAGGUGAGCCAUGGUGGGGCGAUCCCGGCGGCGCGGAGCAGCCAAGUGGGCAGCUGUGCAGGCCAAGGCAGGUCACAGCGCCGCGGACGAAGCUGAGGACGAUUUAGGGCCGCCACCCUCGCCAGGGGACUCCAGCUACUACCAAGACCAGGUAGAUGAUUUCCAUGAGGCGCGAUCCCGGGCAGCCUUGGCUAAGGGCUGGAGCGAAGUGCCGAGUGGGGAUGAGGAUGAUGGCGAUGAGGAGGAGGAGGUACUAGCCUUAGACAUUGAUGAAGACGAUGGAGAAGGAGAGAGUUCGAGUGAUGAGGAGGACGGUGAUAAUGAUGAUGAUGAUGGCGGGAGCUCCGUGCAGAGCGAGGGGGAGGCCUCUGUGGAUCCCAGCUUGUCUUGGGGUCAGAGGAAGAAACUUUACUAUGACACGGACUAUGGUUCCAAGUCCCGAGGCCGACAGAGCCAGCAGGAGGUGGAGGAGGAAGAAAAAGAGGAGGAGGAGGAGGCACAAGUCAUUCAGCGGCGCCUAACCCAAGUCCUGCAAGAGGACGAUUUUGGGGUCGCUUGGGUGGAGGCCUUUGCGAAACCAGUGCCUCAGACAGAAGAGGCAGAGACACGGGUCACGAAGGAUCUGGCUAAAGUUUCCGUGAAAGAGAAGCUAAAGAUGCUGCGAAAAGAAUCCCCAGAGCUCUUGGAGCUGAUAGAAGACCUCAAAGUCAAGUUGACAGAGGUGAAAGAUGAACUGGAGCCUUUGCUACAGAUGGUGGAACAAGGGAUCAUCCCACGUGGAAAAGGAAGCCAGUAUUUGAGGACCAAGUACAACCUCUACUUAAACUAUUGCUCCAACAUCAGCUUUUAUUUAGUCCUGAAAGCUAGGAGAGUCCCUGCCCAUGGACAUCCUGUCAUAGAAAGGCUUGUCACCUACCGAAAUUUGAUCAACAAGCUGUCAGUCGUGGAUCAGAAGCUGUCCCCUGAAAUUCGUCAUCUACUCACACUUAAGGAUGGUACAGCAAAGAAAGAACUGAUUCCAAAAGCAAAAUUGACCAAGGCCAAGCCAAAGUCUGCUUCAGAGACUUCUGCUCCUGCCUCCAGUGUUGGAGAACUUUCUGAUGAUUCUGAUUUUGAUGAAGCCUCACUGAAAAACUAUAAAGAAAUGGAAAACAGGCAAACACUGAAGAGAAAGAAUGAAGAAAAUGGCACUGAGGAACAGGUUCUUGAAGAUCAAAAUACCAAGAGAGCUAUUACCUACCAGAUUGCUAAAAAUAGAGGACUUACACCUAGAAGAAAGAAGAUUGACCGGAAUCCUAGAGUGAAACAUAGGGAGAAGUUCAGGAGAGCCAAAAUUCGAAGAAGAGGCCAAGUUAGGGAAGUUCGUAAAGAAGAGCAACGUUAUAGUGGUGAAUUAUCUGGCAUUCGUGCAGGAGUUAAAAAGAGCAUUAAGCUUAAAUAAAGUUUCUUUGCUUAGCUCA